UUUUGUGUGAGGGUGUGUACAUGAAAGUCUGUCUCCAAAACCACAUCUCUCGAACUGAAUGUGUUUUUUGUGUUUGUGUGUGAAUGUGUGAGUGUUUCGGGUAAUCACCACCUCGGUCACAUUCCUUUAGCACAACAAGUCACACCGGUCUCGCAAGAGCUCGAUGUUUCAGGGUCAUUGUCACUAACUCGUGUUUCAGAGUCGAACACAAGCCACGAGAACAAGCCACUGACUGCAAAAUGAGUCAUUCUGCGGAGGAGAAAGACCAAAGUCUGGUUCAGGUUGAGAGCUCAGACCCACCUGAACCCAGCCAUGCGUCUAUAAAGAGUGGCAAGUCACUAGAGCCUCCAUGGAACUUCAGAGAUAGAGACAGUCCUACUGAUCUGAGACCCCAAAUCAAGAAAUCAAAUAUAAUCAGCAGCGAUCAACUGAUAUCCAUAUUCGAGGAUCUGCAGCACAGAGCCAUCACUCUACUGCAGAAUGAGCUGAACAAGUUCAAGAGACUAAUGAUUCCAGGUUAUGCAGCAUGCUCUGAGAGGGAAGCAGAGGAUGAGGAGGAUCAGAGCCUUGUCAGAGAGGGUGCACUGAAGAUCACACUGCACGUCCUGAAGAAGAUGAACCAUUCAGAUCUUGCCAACAUGCUGCAGACCAAGCUGGACUCUGUGAAUUACAGAAACUUUAAAUCCAGACUGAUAAAGAAAUGUGAAAGAAUUAAUGAAGGAAUCUCACAGCAUGGAAACUCAAUAACUCUGAAUAAGAUCUACACAGAGCUUUACUUCACAGAGGGUUGGAGUGGAGACGUCAAUAAUAAACAUGAGGUGAGACAGAUUGAGGCAGCGUCCAGGAGACCAGCAACACAGGAGAUACUCAUCAAAUGCAAUGACCUCUUUAAAGACAGGUCCAUCAGAACUGUGCUGACUAAAGGAGUUGCUGGAAUUGGAAAAACAGUCUCUGUGCAGAAGUUCAUUCUGGAUUGGGCCGAAGGAAAAGCUAAUCAGGAUAUAACAUUUGUAUUUCCACUUCCCUUUAGAGAGCUGAAUUUAAUGAAAGAGAAAAAAAUCAGUCUAAUGAAGCUUCUUCAUUACUUCUUCCAAGAGACAAACAAAUUGAAGUUAAUAAAUUGUAAUGCAUACAAACUCCUGUUCAUCUUUGAUGGUCUGGAUGAGUGUCGACUUCCUCUAAAUUUCCAGAGCAAUGAGAGAUUGUGUGAUGUGACAGAGUCAGCCUCAGUGGAUGUGCUGCUGACAAACCUCAUCAAGGGGAAUCUGCUUCCCUCUGCUCUCGUCUGGAUAACCUCUCGACCCGGAGCAGCCAAUCAGAUCCCUCCUGAGUAUGUAAACCAGGUAACAGAGGUACGAGGGUUCAGUGAUCCUCAGAAAGAGGAGUACUUCAGGAAGAAGAUCAGCGAUCAGAGCCUGGCCAAUAACAUCAUCACACACAUGAAGUCUUCAAGAAGCCUCUACAUGAUGUGCCAUAUCCCAGUCUUCUGCUGGAUCUCAGCCACUGUUCUAGAGAGAAUGUUGGGUGAAGCAGAGAGUGGAGAGAUCCCCAAGACUCUGACUCAAAUGUUCACACACUUCCUGAUCUUUCAGAUCAAAUGCAAGGACCAAAAGUACCAUCAGAAAUGUGACCCUGAUCCUCAGCAGACCAGAGAGAGUAUCCUGGCACUGGGAAAACUGGCCUUCCAACAGCUGGAGAAAGGAAACCUGAUCUUCUAUGAGGAAGACCUGAGAGAGUGUGGCAUUGAUGUCAGAGAAGUGUCAGUGUACUCAGGAGUGUGUACCCAAAUCUUCAGAGAGGAGUUUGGGCUCCACCUGGGGAAGGUGUUCAGCUUUGUGCAUCUGAGUGUUCAGGAGUUUCUGGCAGCUUUGUAUGUAUUAAUCACCUUCAUCUUAAAAAACAAAAAUGUGAUAGGGGAGGACAGCACUAGGAAUUUUUAUGUCAUUAAAAAACCAAGCAUGUCUGACCUCCUGAAGACUGCAGUAGACAAGGCCUUACAGAGUGAGAAUGGACACCUGGACCUGUUCCUCCGCUUCCUUCUGGGUCUCUCACUGGAGUCCAAUCAGACUCUCUUACAAGGUUUAAUGCCACAGACAGGUAGCAGCUCUCACAGCAAACAGGAAACAGUCAAGUACAUCAAGAGGAAGAUCAGGGAGAAUCCAUCUCCAGAGAAAUCCAUCAAUCUGUUCCACUGUCUGAAUGAACUGAAUGAUCAUUCUCUAGUGAAAGAAAUCCAAACUUACCUGAACAGAAACAGUAGAAGUGCUCUCAGCGGAACCUGGCUUUCUCCUGCUCAGUGGUCAGCUCUGGUAUUUGUAUUACUGAACUCACAAGAGGAACUCAAUGAGUUUGAGUUGCUAAAAUAUCACCCAUCCGAGGAAUGUCUUCUGAGAUUGCUGCCAGUGGUUAAAGAAUCAACCAAAGCUGUGUUGAGUGUGUGCAAUCUCACAGAGGAAAGUUGUAGAGUUCUGUCCUCAGUUCUCAGCUCAAACUUCUGCAAUCUGAGAGAACUGGAUCUGAGUCAUAACAAACUGCAGGAUUCAGGAGUGAAGCUGCUCUCUGCUGGACUGAAGAAUUCACACUGUACACUGGAGACACUCUGGCUGUGUGAAUGUAGUCUCACGAAGGAAAGCUGUACGGUUCUGUCCUCAGUUCUCAGUUCUAACUCCUCCAGGUUGAAAGAACUGAGCCUAAGUGGCAAUAAACUGUGUGAUUCAGGAAUGAAGCUGCUCUCUGUGGGACUGAAGAAUCCACACUGUAAAUUGGAGAUACUCUGGCUGCGUGCAUGUAAUCUUGGAGAGGAAAGCUGUGCAGCUCUGUCCACAGUUCUCAGUUCAACCUCCUCCCAUCUGAGAGAACUGUAUCUGAGGGGCAAUAACCUGCAGGAUUCAGGAGUGAAGCUGCUCUCUGUGGGACUGCAGAAUCCACACUGUAAACUGGAGAAACUGGGGUUGGUAGGGUGCAAUAUCACAGAUGAAGGCAUUGUAGCUCUGGUUUCAGCUUUGAGGUCAAACACCUCUUCACAGCUGAAAGAGCUGGGUCUGUACGGCAAUAAACCAGAAGACUCAGGAUUGAGCCUGCUGAAAGACCUACUGUGGGAUCAAAGAGCUAAACUGGAGACUUUAGACAUCCCGACAUAACCAUUUGAUGUGGAAUGAACGUCAUGCAGAGUUUUAUGAAGAAGUCUUAAACUGCAAAGCCAUUAUGUGAAUAUGCCAAAAUGUGUGAUUAGGUACUUGGUACUAUUAGUCAAAUCUGUAAAUAAAUGUAUAGUACAGGAUUGUGUGCUCUCGUGCCGUUAACAACCACACAAUUUUACCUUUUAUAAUUAUUCUUUCUAGUUAAAGAGAUGAUGCUAAGCAAUUAAUUGUUCUCUAAUGUAAACACUGCUAAGCUAAUUAUGUAAACUUACAUAUACUGUAAGUAAACUUGUUCUCUAACAUGGUUGAAAUGGUUAAUCAACAUUUUUUUAAAAAAAUAAUAAAAUAAAAAAAAAAAACAGCAUUUAAUGUAAGAGUACUGUAAGUUUUUGUACAUUUUUAUCUGGAUUGAACACAAUGUACUUUCUUGUAUAAACAAACUGACAUGUUUAUUAACAUGUAAUACAAAAUAAAUUUAAGGCAUAUAGAUUAAACCAUAUGAAUAGAAACAUUUUCUCAAAGCUAGCUAGGAUAAAUUUAAAAAAAAUGGUGUCAAUCACAGGCUGUAAAAUAGCUGUACUAAAUAAUAUCUUUCCAUCUAACUUCAUUUGUUGUAAUUUAACCCCUUAACCUCCUGGGUUGUUAUUGAGUUGUUAAGAUUAAAUCAUAUAAUGGAGUAAGGACUAAAUUUUUCAGAAAGUUCAGUAAAACUAUUAGGAAAGACAUGCAGUUAUGAAAGUGAGGAAUGUAAGUCUUGUCCUGCCAAAAAGUCCUGGGAGUUUAAUGGGUUGAACAAACGAGUGCAAUAUUUAAUUUUGAAACUAUUUAAUAUUUAAAUAAAAAUGUAUAUCGAUAUAAAUAAAGCUAUAUUUGUGUA